AUGGUUCGGCAGCCCAGAAAUGGGCAAUCUGCACAGCAGUUUCAUGCGCCCAAUCCAACACAGCUCGCUUCACCGCUUCCCUCGGUGACGUCGCCCUCUCCUGCCCUCACCCAAGCGCAGGUCAUGGCUCAGAUGAUAACGCAGGCGCAUGGAAACCCACAUGGCCAAGCGCACGCGGCAGCCCACAUGAUGCAGGUGCUUGGAAACCCACAGGGCCAAACGCAAGCUGCAGCCCAGAUGAUCCAGGUCAUGGCCCAGCAGCAAGCAGCGCAGGUGGCUCAGGCCCAAAUGCCGGCGAUGCAGGCGGCACCGAAUGCAACGAACUUCUCUAUGCAAGGUGCAAUGGACCCUAUGGCAGCAGCCUCCUUUCAGUCGCCCGUGGCGUCGCCCAAUCCCUUUGCACAGCAGUUUCAUUCGCCAAAUCCAAUGGCUUCGCCGCUUCCCUCGGGGACGUCGCCCUCUCCUGCCUUCACCCAAGCGCAGGCCAUGGCUCAGAUGAUAACGCAGGCACAUGGAAAUCCACAUGGCCAAGCGCAAGCUGCAGCCCAGAUGAUGCAGGCGCAUGGAAACCCACAGGGCCAAGCGCAAGCCGCAGCGCAGAUGAUGCAGGUCAUGACGGCUCAGCACCAUGCGCAGUCUGCGGCUGAGGUCAUGUCGGCUCAGCACCAUGCGCAGGCCGCGGCUGAGGUCAUGACGGCUCAGCACCAUGCGCAGGCUGCGGCUGAGGCGCGUUGGAACAUCACCGCCUCCGUGAAGAGGGAAGUGGAAAACUACAGCAUGCAUGCCGUCUCGAAAGCCGUCGAAGAUGACUGGAUGUUCGGGACGCGCGACACGGUGCCCAUUGGAGAAACGUUGGCAAAGACGUUGGCACCAUCGACUGGUGCCCACCCCAAGAAACGACAUUGUGCAGAGGCCCAGAUGCCGGCGGCAAUGCAGUCUUGA